UCUCCGCUUGGUCCUCUGAGUGAGCGGGGCAAGGAGGCAGCUCCCUGUCGAUGAUUGGUUAGCUCGGGGUAAGGGGCGGGGUUACGAGUUAAUAAAACAGACGGGAGUGGAGCUCCGGCCGAACAGAUAGUAGAGUUUCGUUACUCUGAUUGGAACGACUGACCCACUUCGAGUAAAACGUAAAAGAAAACUCGCGUGAGUUUAUAAAAGCGCUGCUUGUUUGGUGAGAAGGUUAAACCAUGGAUUUGGUGCGUGUGCUGUGUUUGGUGCUGAGCGUCGGAGGUUGGUUCGCCUGCGCGGAGAGGCACAGCGUCUACUGGAACAGCUCCAAUCCAAACUUCCUAUGGGACGACUACACGGUGGAAGUCCGCAUCAAUGACUACCUGGACAUCAUCUGCCCGCACUACAGCCACGGCGAAGUGCCGCCGCACUCGGCCGAGCGCUACGUGCUCUACAUGGUGGAAAGGGACGACUACGACGUGUGCAAGCCGCACUCUUUCGACCAGCUGCGCUGGGAGUGCUCGCGGCCCUUUGCCCCCCACGCCCCCGAGAAGUUCUCGGAGAAGUUCCAGCGCUUCACCCCCUUCACCCUGGGCAAGGAGUUCAAGCAGGGAGAGAGCUAUUAUUACAUCUCCAAGCCGAUGCAUCAUCACGGCCAGGAAUGUCUGAGGCUCAAAGUGGACGUGGCCGGACAGAAGGGCUCGGCAAAGACUCACGCCGGCAAGUCCAAGGCUGACGCGGAGAAGAGCACGGACGCGUCAAAAGCCAAGUUUGUCUCUGCCGGCGGAGUUCACAACUUCUCCAAUCGUCUCCCGGCAGAUGACCCGACCGCCAUGGAACCCAACGUCCAGAGGAGCAUUGGAAAUUCGGGAACGAGGCCCAUCUCCUUCUCCUUCCUCUUGACGCUCCUCCCGGUUUUGUUUGUGACGAUACUACACUGAAAAAGAGAACUGCAAAGCAGCCCAGUGCUGGUCACUGGGGUCACGGACACGAAUUUUUUUUUUGUUUUGUUGUUUUUUAUAAUGAAUACAGAGCUUUUAUACAAAGACAAAGCUGUGAGUGAAUGUGUAUCGCAAUGUGAAUGUGGAGUGUGGAUCACUCCAAAGGACGUCCGUAUUGUUUGUGUUUGUGUUUUGUUUUUGGUUUCUUUUGUAUUAUGAUGAGGAUGAAGCAGCAUUUUCCGUUCUGAGCAAUUAGUCUAAUGGGUUUUUCAUACCACUCAGUAGGUACACCUCCAGUUCCUGAGUCAGCCACUACGACCGUGGCGCUUGUUAUUUGGGAUCUUUUUUUUUUUUUUUUUGGGCCGUCAUUAUGUAGCACUCAUCUCCGCAAGCCUCAAGACAGCAUCCCACUGUUCACGACAUCAAGUCAUUUGUUUUUAUACUUUGACCAUUGUUCAAUCAUGUUUGUAAUGAACAUCUUUUAAAUUGUUCCUUUCGUUGCUUUUUCUCCAUUCUUUUUACACCGUGCGCCCCCUCCCCCCAAAAGCAAAUAGUGAGGGCUCCAAGUACCACCAUAAUACCACCAACAUUAAUUAUACAGUGGUGCAGUAAGCCUUAAGUGUUCAUGAAAGUAAGAGGCUAAUAUUGCAAAUCCUUGUAACAUGAUGCGCAUUUAAUAUUGGAAAAAAACUGAACUAAAAGUUGUACUUGGGCGGUGAUUCUUUCACCGCACAUCCAAAAUCGGCUAAAAAUAUGGAAACAUUUUACAUAUCUGUCCUUGGUAAAUGGUCACGAGUCCUUGUGAACCCCAAAUGGUUAAAUCAUCCAACAUUAAGUGCAAUGAUGUUUAAUCAGUCUUGUCAUGGUACACGCUUGCAGAUGCGACCCACCCACCCCUAACCCCCACCCAACUUGUCGAACCUCAAACUGAAGGGACUUCUUGAAAACAUACACUGUACAGUUGUUUUCUAUGUGUUUAUAUGUACAUGUGUACAUAGAAAAAAAUAUAAGAUAUUGUUUAAAGAUGUGAACAUUUGAUGGAAUAAACAAAAGUGUUGUAAUAUAAA